CUGGGCAUGGAGUCAACUUCGCUGGAUGAUGUGCUGUAUCGCUACGCCAGCUUCCGGAACCUGGUGGAUCCCAUCACACACGACCUCAUCAUCAGCCUGGCCCGCUACAUCCACUGCCCCAAGCCGGAAGGUGAUGCGCUGGGUGCCAUGGAGAAGCUGUGCCGGCAGCUGACCUACCACCUUAGCCCUCAUUCACAGUGGAGGAGGCAACGAGGGCUGGUGAAGAGGAAGCCACAGGCCUGUCUUAAGGCCCUCCUAGCUGGGAAUCCUCCAGACAACAUGGUGGACCUGUCAGGCAUCCCACUGACCUCACGUGACCUGGAGCGGGUGACCAGCUAUCUUCAGCGCUGUGGAGAGCAAGUGGACAGUGUGGAGCUGGGCUUCACAGGCCUCACAGACGACAUGGUCCUGCAGCUACUGCCAGCGCUCAGUACCCUGCCUCGCCUCACCACACUAGCCCUCAAUGGCAACCGACUGACCAGGGCGCUGCUGAGGGACCUCACUGACACCCUGAAGGACCCCAGCAAGUUCCCAAAUGUCACAUGGAUUGACCUGGGCAACAAUGUGGACAUCUUCUCUUUACCCCAACCCUUUCUGCUCAGCCUGCGCAAGCGCUCUCCCAAACAAGGUCACCUACCAACUAUCCUGGAGCUGGGUGAGGGGCCAGGUACUGGGGAAGAGACCAGGGAAGGCACAAGUGAGCAGGACUCUGAAGGAACCCCUAUGACACCUACCAGAGACCAUGAUAGCAGGGAAAUUGUGACUCAGACAUGAUUUGGAAGCAGGGAGAACUUUUGUCAGGAUGGCUAAGGCAGAUUAGGGGGUUCUCCCCAUCAGGAGGAUGCCACCACUCAAACACCAGGAUGAGUUCAGAAUACUCUGUCCCCAACUCCCAAUAUCGUGCCACUGGAAGUCAUCCCUUGCUCUAGGGAUGUCUCCACUCAGGCUGUUCUCCCAGACUUGUGCAGCUGGACCAAGCACUCUCCCACCAGUACCCCUAGAUUUAGGGUAACUAAGACCCUUGGGGAAUCUCCCCAAUUCCAGGGGCCUCUUGAAGAGGGUGUGUGGCUUAAGAGCAUUAUCCAGUUCAAGCUGCAGGCCUCCCUUGCUUGACUGGGGAACUUACUGUGAAGGGCAGUACCAUGCCUAGCUCCCUUUCCCCCCCCAACCAGCACAACUUUUUCCUUUCUACCAGCCAAGUUCCAGACCUCAUUCCCAGGAUUUAGUCCCUGGAAUGGCUUUUCAAGCACUUGAUCCUUAUCAAAGGCUACAGGACUAGUUCAGCCCUAGCCUUCAACUAUUCUCCCAAAAUGCUCCCUCCUUAUCUCCCACAAACAGCUCCUAUGCUCACAGGCAGAACCUUGGUGGUUAUCAACUUGGGGAAUCAAAGCCUUACAGGCUAGGUAAGCAAGCAGGCUGAAAGGAUCUGGGUGAGUUAGGGAGCUUACAUGGUACUGCAUAAAUCGUCAAAGGACAGGAAUUGAAGUGUGGGUGCCUUAAAUGCUUUGGAGCCUUUGCCCAAGUCUUAGGUUGUGAAAACAGCUCAGACUGACCAGAAGUUUACAGCGCUAAAGCUAGGCUGCUUAACACCUGACAAAUCUCACUCUUCAAAUACAAGUUUUUAAGGACCAGCACCAAAAGCCCUGCUUUACUGUAGCGUCGCUGAUUCGGGUAACACACAUUUUGACUUGUGAAUUCAGCUGAUACAGUGGCAAUCAUUUUGGAAACAAAUUUAUUAAGCAGUGUAAAUGCCCUGUGGGGCAGAAUGAUAUCAGAGGUUUCUGACCAGGGCAAGGUCAGCAAAUACAUGGGAGUUUUUCAUAAAAGGUUGCUUUCAGUCAGAAUCUUGAGUUGAUCACAGUACUGUUGCUGGGACUCCUCUGGAGACAGCCUGCAAAGAGACUAAAGUUCAGAAUCACAUUUGCUCCAACCAAUGGCCUUCAGAACACCUAAAGAUAUCUUCAGAGAACCAUAGGCUCACCACUACCAAUCUGCCGGUAAUUCCAGCUAUUUUUAGGUGAUCUCAUCAUUUGAUAUCAGAGUACUGACAGCUCAACUAGCUGCUGGGUGAUCACUGCACAGAGCAAGCUUACCUCCUCCUUCACCACUGCUGCAACACAAACUGCAUUCCAGCACUCAGUCCUCAAACUUGAGAAAGGGACACUCCUAAAAUGGACUGCGGACACAGGAUGGAUUAGUGACAGCCCCACUGAAGUCCAGAUCUAAGCACAACCUACCAAGAGUACCGAAAACCUUACAAAGGGUGUAUUUUAAGUUAUUAAAAUGUAAUUUUAACCACCA